CCGGGAUGAACGGAUGACUCUUUCAGUGAUACUCGAGUAACAUCUCCCUCUCUCUCUCCCCCUCCUGCUAGGCUAAUGUGACACAGGCCUGUUGAAAUUUGUUCUGUUAACAACCCUGGAUUAGAAAACACAACACUGCAUGGGUUUGAGGACCACAGCUGAGAGCUGAAGCACUGAAACUGACUCUACAAAAGGACCAGGGUGUUUUGUUUUGUUUUUGUGUUGUACAUUUGGUCUCUACUGUUUUGUUAGAAUGUGAGAUUCCAAACAAGUGUCCACAAAAAUGUGUACAAAGCUUGAUAUAAAAAUAUAUAUAAAAAAAUAUAUAUAUUUGUUACAUACAAGAGGGUUAUUAGGGCCAUCUUCCCACAUGAUACUACUUGAGUGAUUGAGUCUUGUGCAAAAUAGACCAGAAACAGUUCUGCGAAAAUAUCUAGAGGAGCCCCUGAAACACCCUCGUACAACACAAGUAACCAGGUAAAAUAUCAUCUUUAACACUAUCUUUUAAUACAGUGCAUGGAUGAUGGACCUGAGUGUGCAGAGCAGCAUCCUUGAGUGUUCAAUCAAGCUAAUAUGCAGAGGAACUUGCAUGCCUGAAAGCACUUCAGUUCUGCGAGCACGAAGACAUCUUCCCCGACUCAGCACCAUCUACACUUUGCUCACAAGUCAAGGUCACAACUCGUGACCUCUCAUGCUCAUUUAUCAAGACCACACUUGCUGACACUGCUCUGUAGACUCGGAUGGACUGUCUUCAUGCGCUCUGUAUUGAAGAAAUGGCAUAACAUCUUAAUCAUAACACCCAGCAUAUGGCAGCCAACAUAACAGAGCUAAAUAAAAUCUUCUAUGACACUCCUGAUUGCUUAAUACAGCAAGUAGGUUACACACAACAUUUGUUAGUGGUUUUGACAAACAUCAAAACAUAUAUUCUGCUACUUGGUCUGUGGGGAAAAGCUGUCAAUGUCCAUGUAAAGCAUUUCUAAUCGGUUAAAGGAGAGAAAAGAAUAUAUUUACAUUUUACCCUAUAUCAUAUAUAAUCAUUUUGUCACAUUUAAGCCUCUUGAGAAGAAAUUGUGUAGUGGGUAGAUAGUGGAUUGUGCUAAAAAAAAAAAAAAAACUGACAUUGAUCACGUCUUAUACAGAAAGGCAUCUAUGAUAUUAAAAACCUUUUGGACCUGAGCUGUCUUACCUCUUAAAAAGCAUUUUUGUGGUAUUGGGUAAGUAUUGUGUUAAUGUGUCUGUCAUUCAUUACGUUUAGGAAUGAGAUCCUAUUUUUAGUAUGGUAAUGUUACUCCAAUUUUACCCCCUCCCUGCAUCUCUGACAUCAGUCUGGCUUGAUUGAUAGGACAAGUGUAGGCCCUCCCUUAAAGCAGCAGAGAAUUCCACCUUGUAAGCAGACAUUGGUGGCAACCCUCUCCCUCCUUCUCCCCUCUUUACUGCUCCGCCCCAUCACAAAGCUCCAGUCCAGAGAAUGAGUUCAGGGCCUGAGUGUGACUUUGUGAGACUGAGGUUGGCAAACAGAAAGUCGUCUGAGGAAUAUCACUGUAGCUGUAGGGUGAGUGCUCUUCUUUGAAACACCAUGUAAAGAUCAAGCGAGUGCCCUCUUCCCCUAGACCUACACCCCGAAUCCAGGAGGCAACGCAGAACCAUGGUGGUGGAGGAAAUCAUCAUUACGCUCUCCGGUGGAGCGCCAUGGGGCUUCAGACUUCAGGGGGGAGUAGAGCACCAGAGACCACUGCAGGUUGCCAAGGUGCGCAAGCGCAGCAAGGCAUGCAGGGUAGGACUGCGAGAGGGGGAUGAGCUGGUGUCCAUCAAUGAGAGCUCCUGUGAGCAUAUGUCGCAUGCUCAGGCCAUGAAUUUCAUUGAUAGCAUCCCUGGAUCACUGCGCAUUCGGGUAAAGAGGGCACCGGCUGGAUUCCAGUCAGUGGUUCUGGUGGCCCGAGCUCCUUCUCCCCGCAUUGAUAAAGAGUACCGUGCUGCCUUAAGGGCUAAAUCCCCAUCCAGCUCUAAAGUGCAGCAGUCGAGUGUUCGACAAUCAUACUACAGCUCAACGAUGUCUCAGAAUGUGCGCAGUGGCGUCACCUCCCCAUUUGGCAGUGAGGCCUACUAUGGAGAGACAGACAGUGAUGCAGAUGUGGCAGCUCAUGACCGUCAACGUAAGCCCAAGCGCCGCAGCCCCAGUAACUCUCCAGGAAAAGCAGGGUACACUUCCCCUGAAAUGGGAGAAGCCUCAGAGAUGAGUGGCUAUGACAGUGCACCAGAUGUCCAGGGCUACACCAUGGUGGGGUUUGGCUCUCAGGAGGGCACACUGCCUGGGGUGGUUCGCAGAGAGGUGGUGUACCAACCCUCUCCAUCUGGAGCCUGGUCCUCACAGACAUCCACUGAGACUUCAUCUAUGAGUGCAGAUGAGCAGAGUUCUCAGGACCAGGUAUUGGAGGAGGAAGAGAAUGGGUUCCAGGAGCCUGCUAAUGUACCACUGGUGCCUCCAGAGAGAGCAAAGGGGGCACUGAGGCUGAGCUCCCGUAGUCAGUUGGUGCCCAUGGUUGGGCCAGUUGAAAAACCUGUGGAUGAGGAGCUCACAAAGACCUACAUGGAUAAAGCAAAACAAGCCAAACUGAACCGUGGUGAUACCCUGCAAGACAAACAGGUGAAGGAGGCCCGGAAAAAGUGUCGCACAAUUGCCUCUCUCCUGACUGAUGCACCUAACCCUCACUCCAAGGGUGUUCUUAUGUUCAAAAAACGCCGCCAGCGCUCCAAGAAGUACACGUUGACCAGUUAUGGUAGUGUGGAUGAGGACAUACUACAAGACUCUCAAGAGGAGGACAGUCAAUUCCUUGGAAGUGAAUCCGAGUUGGAUGAAGAGGGAUUCAGUGCAGCACCUGAUCCUACAUGGGACAGCGACUACCUGGAAAUUCUGGAGAAGAGAUCAGCAUCUCGAGGCCUGGAAGGAAAUGAAGCAGAGGAUUCUCUGAGCACGGGCCUGUGUGACACCGCAGGGAAGGGGGCAAAGCUGUUUGAGCAGCAGAGGAAGAGAGCUAAGGAGCAUGCCAAGAAGAUUUCUAUUGCUCAGGAACAACAGAGUCUGAUGCCGAGCCAAUUUCACCAUGAGAUCCAAACACAAGAAAUACAGACACAACCAUCAAAUGUGUCUGUACAGGUAAAAAAGCAAGUGAAAAUCCAGCCACCACCAGUUGCACCAAAGCCCACCAAACUACCAGAGCUGAGGAUGCAAGAGGAGGUUUGUGCUACCAAGACACAAAUCACAGGAUCCCCACUUCACGUAACUCCUUCCACUGUUAUUGAGCAUACUCCCAGCAUAACAGUACCAGUCCACAACUUGGUGCCUCUAACAAACCAACCAAUAACUGCUGCAUUGGCUAUGAUGCCAGCACCUUCAGCAUCUCUGCCCGAGUUGCCAGCUAGCUCUGUGUUAAACCGUACAGCUCGUCCAUUUGCCCCUGGGUUCAUUAGCCACAGAGCAGCUACAGCACCAGUUGUAUUUCGCCCUAACACAGCUAAAAAGACUCCCAGACCAGUCUCAGUGGCAGUGGUGGCAACUACUUUCUCAGCACCAUCUGAUGAGAAGGUUAUAGAUGUACCUCCUGCCAGUUUCACAGUGAGCCAAAUAAGUGGUGAUGUUCCUGCUGAAGUGUCCUCCACAUUACUCCCUAUGCCCACUGAGCCUCUCCCACACUCUGCUAUACCAGAUCCUGCAACCUCCCUUACACCACAUCCUCCUUCAUCAGUGGAAAAUAUUCAGUCACACACUAUCACACCGUCUGUAGUACCUGAUUCCUCUGUUCCUGUUCCUGUUCCUAUAGUUACUCCUCCUGCUGGUUUCACUGAUCCCAUUACCGUAACUUCUAUUGCAUCCUCUCAGUUUACUGCCCCUGAGUCUCAAAUGACACCUGUUGACCCCAUGACUUUUGCAGUCCCUGCGACUCCUGUUAGCACAAUGACUCAACGAUCACCUGUAGUGCGUCGAGAAAUAUCCACAGAGAUGGCUCCUACAGCUGGUGGGAAAACUGGUAUCCUUCAGGAGGCUCGCCGACGUAGUGCCAUUAAGCCAAUGUUCAAGGUGUUGGAGAACAAGAAAUCCUCGCCCAAUCCUGAGCUGCUGUCUAUGGUGCAGAAUUUGGAUGAGAGGCAUAAGCAUGUCUACACAGAUCAUGUCUCUUUCGUUGAGGACUCAUACAAUUUUGAUGAUAGGAGGGUAAGGAUCGCACCACCAGUGGCUCCUAAACCACGCAUCAUCCCCGAAAUAUCUCAGAUUCCUCAGGCAGGGGGUAAAGGUGCUGAGCUAUUUGCAAGAAGACAAAAUCGCAGAGAUCUCUUUGUGGUAGAUUCUGCUCCAACACACUUGCUGCAGCAGCAGCAGCAGCACUAUACAGAGCCCCAGUCUACUAUGGCUAUGAUCCAACCAGGUGAUUCAUCCUGGAAGUAUUCUCCAAAUGUCCGUGCUCCCCCACCAAUUGGGUACAACCCUCUCCUGUCCCCUUCUUGCCCCCUGGUAUUACAGCGUGGAGGAGCAAAGGGCACUGAAAUAAAACCCAAGGUGGGUAAGAGUGGUCAUGGAAUCCAGAAGGAAGGUAUCAGGGCCAUAGACUUUAUGAGGAGGCAGCCUUAUCAGCUCAACUCAGCCAUGUUCAGGUUUGGAGGUGACUCAAGUACACAGUCAUCAGGUUCCUCCUACCAGAGGCAACCACAAGUGGGUCACACCUUAAGCCAACCCAGACAGGUACCCGUGAAGGCAGCACGUGUGUAUCAGAUCAAACGCUUCUCUACUCCUACUCCUAUGUCAGCUCCAACAAUAUGCCCCACAGUGAUUACUCCUCGUGCGCAAACAUCUCUGGGUGAACCCCUGUGUCGCUCUGACAUGACCUCCCCUACCCCAGCACCUGUUUCCCCUCCACCUCAGCCUGUAACUGCAGCCAUGUCUGCACGAGCUCCAGGUUUGCCAGAACUCCCUAAAAUCUCUGCCACGCCUAUAUUUCUUCCUACUCCAUACUCACCCCCAGCUUCUCUAUCCAGCAUGUCAAGCCAAAGCUGCCAGGGUCUUCAGGGUACCAAACAGUUCAAGAGUGCUCCUGAGCUUAGUUCCCUGCCACCAGUCCCUUUGAAGCCUACAACCCAGGCACCCAAGCCACGAUUUAUUGCUACACGGGUGGGCAUACAGCCUUAUAUCUGGAGGCCUGGGGCUGUGUAGAAAUAAGUGAUACACUAAAGAAUGGAUGAGUACAAUCUUUAUCAAAAUUUAUACAAACAUUUCAGAUGCUGAUACCAAAUGAGAAUAACAACAAUUGUGCUGGUUUAUUUGGAGCAAUAUGAAACAGAGUAAACUACAAAUAAUUGAGGCAAACACUGACUGUACCACAAGCCUUCUCGCCUGAUAUUGCCUGACCUCACUAAUGCUCUUGUGGCUGAAUGGGGCAAAAUGUAGUGGAAAGCCUUCCUGAAGAGUGGAAAUGGUUAUAGUAGCAAAGUGGGUACUGAAGCUGUAAUGGGAUGUUCAACCAACAUAUAUGGUUUUGAUAGUCAGGUGUCUACAAACCUGUAUAGUUUAUUUAGUAAUGAACAUGUUAAACAGUUACAUUUGAUCAUUCGGAAUUGUAGUGUGAUACUAAAUUUAUUGUACCGUUAUGCAGAAUGCACACAAUGCUCCAUUUUUGGCAGCCAGGUACAAAACCUAAAGAUGCUAGUAUCUGUAAAGUCUGCUAUAUCCAAGUCACUCCAUCACAGUGUUUUUAGCGUUUUACCUUUUAUUGAGAGUCUUUAAAUUAUAAUUUGCAGAUUAGGUACUGAAUGAAAAAAUUGAGUAAUUGAGACUCGGCUCAAAGAGAAACCUUUGGGAAUUUGUGAUGUUUUUAAUAAUACACUGUUUUAUUUUACAUAUUAUAAAAGCUACUCCCAGUCAAAUCUAUUAUUGUUGGCACCCAUCAGCACUACACUGGGUGAACAGGACUUGAAGAAAAUGCUUACCUUUCUCUAAAAUUAGUACAGUUAUUAACAGAAAGAAAGGGGCCACAAACAAUGAAAAGCCCUUUCACCCACUAUACAACACAGUGGUAGUAUUUUGACGCUUUCAGGCUGUUUUCUAUCUAGUGGUCCAGUGUUGCAACUAUAUAGUAUACUACUCAUAUGCUGAACUAAAAAUAUGACUCACUGUGUACUUUAUUCAUUAUAUAUAUAUUUAAUUUUGCUUAUUAUAUUGAACGUGCCAAAGAUUCUAGAGUUAACUGCAAACUUGUAUCUGUUGGGUCUUUUUUGCUGAGACCUAUAAGCUUUAUUAAUGUUUGAAAAUGAAAUUGUACUGGCUAAAAGGAAUAAGGUAAGCUGGAUCCCCGCUUCUCAUAAACCAAUCAGAAAUUAUAUCUGUCCUGGCAGACCCUGGAAGGAACAGGUGCAUAAGGGUCACAGCCUAUUUGUGGGAGUAACGUAAACAGCAAACCGACUUCAUCCAAAUAGGACCUGGCACUUAUGUCUCACUCACAUCCUAAUACAAUAAUAAUGUUUAUUUAAUUCAUUUAAUGUUGCUGUAAGAGCUCAAACUAACAGUGUUGAAGGUUAUGUGGGCAAGACAGUCCAAAGGGAUGGGUUUGAAGACCAAGCCUUCCAACUAGUUCUGUGUUCAGUCACACCAGGCAUGCGUAGUGACCACUCUACAGAAGGUAUUAGCUAGAUCACUGGAAUUAGACACAAGGUUCUUACUGCUAGGCAUGUUGGGUGCUUUGAGAUGACAAACUCCCAGCGAGUUGAUUGUAACCUGAAGUGAUAUUUGAGUGUGAGCUCCCAAAGCCGCUAGUGAAGAAAAGGAAAGCAGAAAGCCAAGAUGAUCUAUUAGGGUUAUCGAGGCAGCACUGAAGGAAAAAGUAGCAAGUAGUACAGGAACUCAUUACAGGAGCAUAUUAUACUACUGAAUGUAGGAGACGCUGAGAGAAUAAUAUAUAUGAGGUACUAUGGAUAAACAUUAUAUGAUCCUCAAGGCCUAUUUAACUUUUAAUAGAUUACCAUACCCCAAAUUAGAUAGUGUUGAACAUGUCCCACGAUGAGCUUGUGUUUAGCUGUUCAUUUAUGCACUCUUCUAUAAACUAUGCACGUAAAGCUUUAUAGAAAUAAUUGCACAAAUUAUUCAUUGUAGUAGACUGUAGUGAAGAUCGGAUUGUUUCCAUGUGCUGUAACAUUUGAUUAGUAGAAGUGUGAGUGAGUGAGUGAGUGAGCAUAGAUAUAUAUGCCUCAGUGAUAUUGGACUGAAUAGCUUUUGAUGAAAAGAUGUAUUUUUCAAUAAAUAAAAAUAUACUUGAAAGUUCUUAUGCCUCUCAUUUGUUACACUACACUGCCCCCUAUCUUUAGCGUUGGUAUUACAGUUCAUUACAGAAUCUACAGACGGCACUAAAUUAUAUAACUAGCCACACGGUGGAGACCUUUCCCCAUUUAUCUACUGAUCAUAAACAACCUGUCUUGAUACACUGUCUUGAAAAACAGAAGAAAUAAAUUAGAAUAUUGGAUAAUUGGAAAUAA